AGGAGAAAGGACGGAAUACCUAGGACCGAUUUUCUCCAUUUGAUGGUCGAACAGGAGCGGGAGGAAGAUGAUAAAUUUGACCUUGAUAUGGUUACAGGUCACGUAAUGUCAUUCAUCAUCGACGGCUACGAAUCCUCCAGCAGUGUCAUGAGCUUCAUUGGAUUUGAUUUAGCCCGUCACCCAGAAAUACAGAAUAAAUUACGGGAGGAGGUGUUAUCCGUACUUAACAAAUACAACGGAGAAAUCACUUAUGAAGGCUUGAAAGAGAUGACAUACAUGGAACAAGUUUUAAACGAGACCCUGAGAUUAUUACCCGCAGGAGUGCUUAUGAAGAAACGAUGCACGGAAGAGUUUGAACUGAAAGGAUCCGAUGGAAUUGUUUGUCGUGUUGAACCCGGAACAGAGGUUCUAAUACCUGUUCAAGGUCUGCAAAAAGAUCCUCAAUACUGGGAAAAU